UAGGGAGAGAUCGCAGUGCCUGGGAAAGUUGUCGGUAGUAAAAGUGCCACGUCUGCUGCGUAGUCAUGAACUUGCCCGAAGCUGUUGUCCCAAAGUCUUAACUCUUUGUAGUCAGGGUCCCUUUCUCUGUUUGUAGGGACUCUCUCCUGUCCUACUAACAUGAGACUUCUCGCAUGGAACGCGGUCCUGACUCUCUUAGUCACUCCUCUGAGCGGGGCUCUGAUCCCUGAACCAGAAGUGAAGAUCGAGGUUCUCCAGAAGCCAUUUAUCUGCCAACGCAAGACCAAAGGGGGAGACUUAAUGCUGAUCCACUAUGAAGGCUACUUAGAAAAGGACGGCGCCUUAUUCCACUCCACUCAUAAACAUAACAAUGGUCAGCCCAUUUGGUUCACCCUGGGCAUUCUGGAGUCUCUGAAAGGCUGGGACCAGGGCUUGCAGGGCAUGUGUGUGGGAGAGAAGAGAAAGCUCACCAUUCCGCCUGCGCUUGGCUAUGGAAAAGAAGGACAAGGUAAGAUUCCUCCAGAGAGUACAUUGAUAUUCAACGUUGAUCUGCUGGAGAUUCGGAAUGGACCAAGAUCCCAUGAAUCCUUCCAAGAAAUGGAUCUGAAUGAUGACUGGAAGCUUUCUAAAGAUGAGGUUAAAGUGUAUUUAAAGAAGGAGUUUGAAAAGCAUGGUGCGGUGGUGAAUGAAAGUCAUCAUGACGUUUUGGUGGAGGAUAUUUUUGAUAAAGAAGACGAAGACAAAGAUGGAUUUAUAUCUGCCAGAGAAUUUACAUAUAAGCACGAUGAGUUAUAGAGACAGAGCUGCUACUUUCUACUGGAUUUAGCAGGUGACUGCCUUUCAAGAAAGCCUUAUUUUUAAACAAUGUUCUAUUCUUGCGGUUCUAAAAUUUUUCAAUGUUUUUUUUUCUAAAGAAUACUUCAGGAGCUCCUUAAGGCCCUUCUGUGCCCAUUUUUUUCUGGUGAGUUAUUGUGAAGGAAAAAAAUGACUUUGUCUUUGGAUGGAAUUUGCUGGACCAUUGUCCAGUUUCUCACACCAAGUCUUAACGUUCUACUUGCUUACUUGUAAUUUAAAACAUUGCAACUGAGCACAUACCAUCACCUGAGACCAAUGGAGUGCGCUGUACUUCUCCUUUCCUCGGUUUCCUCUAAGUGAGAGGCCGACCCACUUGAAAAGCCGUUUGCAAUAACCCCUAGGCUUACUGUUUUCACGUUAAAAUGAAAUCGUUUCUCUUAAACUGCUUUUGAAUCUCUGCUUGAGGAAAAUGGUCGUUGGACUUGACUGGUUAGCAACUACUGCUUUACCAAAGGACGUGCAGUGCUACAGUGUGUAACUGAGGUUCACAACCCACCAACCAGCCAACCAAAGAUCACAAACACCGACAUCGCUGCCAUCAAGUCAGUUCCAGUUCGUAGUAAGUAACCCC